AUGCAAUGUAGCUCUGUUACAGAAACAGUUACAGCUAGACGAGCUUCUUUACACACCAUUAACAAGAUUAUCGUCUAUGAGGAUUAUAACUUCAAGGGCCGCACCAAAGAGUUCACCUCAGACGUCGCCAACUUAGCUAGACAUGACUUUAAUGACAUCAUCUCCUCUGUACACGUCAUGGGGAAACUAUGGGUGGCAUACAAAGAUUGUCAUUUCCGUGGUGAGCGGUACAUCUUCGAGGAAGGAGAAUAUCCUGCCGUGGAAAUAAAUGAUUCUAUUUCAUCACUGCAGUUGGUGAAAGAUGACCUGACAAAUCCUCAGAUCACUCUGUAUGAAUAUCCAAAUUAUGGAGGCAGAAGCGUUGUCCUCACCUCUGAGAAAGAUUUGAGUGCUGUCAACUUCAAUGAUACAGCGUGUUCUCACAAGGUGCAGAGAGGGGUAUGGGUCCUCUACGAGUACGAGAACCGAGGCGGCGCGAAGAUGAUCGCCAAAGCUGGUGAAGCUGUUGAAAAAUAUGACUGGUGGAACAAGAAAGUGAGCCAUGUGCGUCCUGUCAAGGCAGGAAAGUAAGGAGAAUGGAGGUUCCAGUCAAGAGUUCUGGGAGUGCAGGUGCCAAACUUGAACUCAAUCAUCGCUGAAUACUUGUUAAAUUUCAUGAUCCAGUCUCUCCAAAGUUGAAUUAAUGUGCAAAUGUGAAUGAAAAAGGAAUUUUAAUGAAUAUAUGUGUUUAUAUGUAUGAUUGCAAUGGGAAUGAAUGUUUCAGCUGUAUUUUCCAGUCUGUGUAAACACCCUGAAUUUUUUAAUAACAUAAGGAUGGAAUUUUUCAUGGAUUUAAUGUGACUGAUUGAUAACUGUU